UGAAGUUCAUGUUUCCACUUAGGUCUGUUAGCUGGGGAGACGCGCGGCUACCGGAAGAAAUUCUUUAGAAGAACAUCAUGGCUGACUGAAGUCGUGUAGCGCCUCUCCGCCUACGAGAAGAGAAGCCGAACCGAGUCUCUGUCGUAUCUGCGAGGCUCUCUUGGGUGUCGGUUCCCACUCCGAGCGCGAGAGUUCCUCAAGAUGGCAGGGGAACAGAAGCCUCCAAACAAUCCUCUGGAGCAGUUUAUUCUCCUGGCAAAGAGUGCAAAGGGAGCAGCACUGACUGCGCUGAUUAGCCAGGUGCUGGAGGCCCCAGGGGUCUAUGUUUUUGGGGAGCUGUUGGAGUUGCCUUGUGUGCAGGAGCUUUCAGAUGGACCAAAUGCUGGAUAUUACCAUUUGCUGAACAUGUUUGCUUAUGGCACUUACCCUGACUACACAGCCAACAAGGAAGCCCUCCCAGAGCUAUCUGUGGCACAGAGGAACAAGUUGAAGCAUUUAACUAUUGUCAGUCUGGCAGCUCAGAUGAAGUGCAUUCCCUAUUCUGUGCUUUUGAGAGACCUUGAUGUGAAGAAUUUGCGUGAGCUUGAGGACCUCAUCAUUGAAGCCGUGUAUACAGAUAUUUUUCAGGGAAAACUUGACCAACGCAACCAGCUUCUGGAAGUGGACCUUUGCAUUGGCCGAGACAUCCAAAGAAAAGACACAAGCAGCAUAGUCAAAACUCUUCAGGAGUGGUGCAGUGGCUGUGAAGUGGUGCUUUCAGGCAUUGAACAGCAGGUUAUCCGUGCAGAUCAGUGUAGAGAGAACAGCAUCAGAAUAGCACAGCAAAUGGAAGCAGAGGUUUUAAAUAUAAAGAAGACAUUGAAAGCCACAGCAUCCACUUCUGCCCAAGAUGUUGACCCCCACUUGAUGGACAGGGAUGCAGUGCAGCCUGCAGACCAGAGGCAAACACUAAAAAAGAUUGCCAAAGUGAGGGGCCUUGUGUCCCUCCGACAUUGAGAUUAAAGUGGGCAGCACUGCUUGAGGGAGAUGUGACUGCCAUGCUGCGCCCAUUUAGAUACGGGCAUACACAUACACAAUUUGAGGGCAGAAGCUCUUUAUAGUGUUUAUUUUAGUUUAAUUUCUUUACUGUUGAAUGUUUUAAAGAAGUCAAUCCAGUGUUGAGAAAAACACUGCUCUGCUGUGGAUGCAAAAAGCUGGGUAUGGAGAGGUGACCAUCUUGCUGACUUUGUAUUGUCUAGAUGACACAUUGUUUCCUGCAACCUGGUGACGACUCAAACCCAUUUCUAAAUCAUCCAGCUAGAUAACUUUUCUGGUAUAUUUUUUUUUUUUUUUUUACACCCCAGUUCAGAAACAAAGUUUACAUAAGCGCGUAUCCUGGAAACUUGAUUUAUUAAUGAUGUUUUUGUAACAUUUUGUAUUGCAUGUUUUGUUGUUUUUUCAUGUGUGGUUGCUGGCCUUAUGCUUUGUACUUGGCAGCACCUUCUUUCAUUCAGUGUGGGGCACUUUCAGCUCGAGCCAUUUGUUUGCAACAAUCUCAGGCUUGCUACUGAAUGUGCCCAUCAACUUCCCCAUCCCCCAGAUAUUCCCAUCCUCACCAGUCACACACCAGUUCUUCCACUGGCAGUUUUGCUGUUAUUUUUCCCAUGUACUUAAAAAAUUUGGGAAGUAAAGUUAUUUUAUAAAUGA